AUGAACGGCGGAAAAAGCGUGGCUGAGAAAACGAAGAGAAGACGGCGGCCGGCGAAUUCGAGGAAGAAAUUGCGCUUGGUGAAUGAGGAAAGGGGUUGGAGACUCGGGAUCUACGCCCAGACGAAGACGGUGGUGUUGGGCGCGACGGAUGCCGGCAGAAGAGCAGCGGUGGGGGAGCAGCAACACGCACAGCUCGAGCACUCACCGGCGGAGGAAGGCGCGAACAGCCAACUGUUCUGCAUCAUCGAAGGUGUACCACCACUGCACAUUGUCUAUGUUUUCCGCCGACUCUCCUCUCUGAUUACUACAUGCUGGGCUCUGGUCGCGGUGAGCUUCUGUUGCUACUCUGCCAUCUUCGCCUCUCCAUCUCAUAGCCGCGAUAACCUUAAACCCCAGCUGUGCUUCUGCUACGUGUUGAGUCUUUCAUCCUCCACUGCUGCAACAUCUGUCCUCUCGGUGUGCUUUGCCUUGUUGUCUCUGGAAGUGAUGAUGGAUCGUUCUGAACAAAUUAAGCUAUGUGUUGGAUAUUACUGGAUUAUGAGAAUGCAAUUUGACACAUUAAUGCUGCUUUUUUUAGUCACUCUGUAUAUGUAUAUUAGGAAUAGAAGGCGAGGUCAUUCUUCGAUUGGUCGAAGAGUGAACACAUUGCCACUAAGGCGAGAUGCAUUAGAUAAUAUCAUUGGGGAGGGUGGAGAUAGAAAUUGCAUAUGGGAGUUAAGAAUGAGUUUGAAUGCAUUUGCAACUUUAUGUGAAUUGCUACAAGUUCAAGGUGGAUUAUACGAAGAUGGUCAUGUUGGCAUAGGCGAGCAAGUAGCUACUUUUUUAAUCAUAUUAGCUCACCAUACCAAAAAUCGCAGCAUACAGGUUAGGUUCUAUAGGUCUGAUGAAACUAUUAGUAGGUAUUUUCACAAGGUAUUGCGUUCAGUUUUGCGUGUCCAAAGUAUCUUAUUUGCAAAGGCAGACCCUGUACCGGAAGAUUGUGUAGAUCCCAGAUGGAAAUGGUUCAAGGGUUGUCUAGGAGCAUUAGAUAGAACUUACAUAGAUGUCACAGUCCCGAAGAGUGAUAAAUCUAGAUAUCGGACAAGAAAAUCUAGAAUAUCCACCAAUCGGUGCUUUGGGUUGCUUAAGAAAAGAUGGGGAAUUCUACGAAGUCCCUCGUUCUAUCCUAUUAGAGUUCAAAGCCAUAUUAUUAUUGCUUGUUGUUUGUUACAAAACUUUAUUCGUAUGAACAUGGAUGUUGAUCCCGAAGAAGAUGCAACUCUUGCGCCAGAACACAUACCCGUAGGAGAUGAUACUAUUGUUGAUGAAGGUAAAACAAUUGAUGUUGUGGAAAGUAGCCAUGAGUGGACUCAAUGGCGUGAGGACCUAGCAACCGAGAUGUGGGAAAUAUGGAGGGGAGAACGUGGCGAGUAG